AUGCAGAAUUCUUCUGAAGUCGUGUUAGUUUCAUAUUCAGCAUUCAAAUCCAAUCCUCCAAACGAAUUUAAACUGAACAAAGAUGGAGCUGAGGUCUUACGGCUUCCAGAUAGCUCUCAAGUCACGAUUAUUAGCGAUAAACAGGAGUUAUCCAACACCGAUAAGAUUAACCUCGUAAAGACAACAAGUGAAUUGGAUGCUUUACGAAAUCAGCUCUUCAACCGACCUCUUUUACUGCUGGUAACUUGCGGCAAACAUGUACCACAUGGCCAAAGGUAACGGUUAUACUACUUUUCUUCUUUUUUUUCUAGUUAUAUGUUUUCCCCUUAGAAAAGCAAGAUUCUCGAGAGAAAAGAGUGAAAGUUUCGACGUAUGGUGUUCUAAAUAAAACGAAAAAAAAAAAAAUCUGUUAUCGCGGAAAUCACCUGAUAAAGAGCCUCUGUAUGGGUAUUUCGUCGCGCGUUUUCCAUCAAAUCGUCGGUUUUUCACGCAAAAUUGUCGCAUAUCAAGAAUUGUUUUGCGUGGUAACACUACUAGCAAGCUCAGCGCAAUCACAACGACGACGGGAAUGAAAAAAUUAGCAAAACAAAAACUCUGAAAGUGUAGCACUUUUUUUGGUACGUUUCUUUGCCGUCAUUGCAUGAACUUACGUUGUCAAACUUGAUUAAAAUGGCAAUGCGAUCGUCGCUUAGUUAAUCUAUGAGGUCGUGGCUUCAUCAGUGGUGAUCUUCGCGACUUCGAUUUCGUCGGAAACCGACACCCAUACACAGGCUCAAUAAACAAAAUACGACACCUACAUUUUUUUCGGUACAAAUGCCUAAAUUCUGCGAGGCUGCUUUCCACGUAAUAACCAUUGGGAUAAUUCAUUAAGCUAAAUCAUCUCAAAACGUUGAGUUGUUAAACCUAGCUUUUAGGCGCGGAUCCAUACCGGUUUCUACUGUUUUACGGAAAUCGGUCAGAUUUUUCAUAAUAAAUAUAUUUUUAGUAAAAAAUGUUUAAACUUUCCAAGUUGAUAUCUGGAAAAUGGUUUGGACAGUCAGUAAAUAUCCCGUCUGAAUGACUCAGAAACCCAGGAAAGGGGACUUUGGGGAGUUAAUUAAAAUCCAAAAAUUUCCCAGGGGAGCAUGCCCCCAGACCUCUCUAGAAGUAGGAAAUCGGUCAGUAUUUAUUCUAGAUCCCCACCUGGACUUUUACCUCAAUCAAAAAACGUUAAAGCUUUAACCAGUACUUUCAUAAGCAACAAAUACAAUCGACAAUUAGCGAGCUAUUGCAUUGAGCCCUCCCCUCUCCAAAAAUAUUACCACGCGGGGUUGAAACACGUGUUUUUUUUCAAAUUUUAUCGCUUUAUUUCUGUUCAUCAGACUAAAUAAGAGGGGAGAAUAUCUAAGUAUCCGUGACCCUGAAUGGUGGAUUCAGUUGAAUAGUACCCCCUGGAUGAAUCCCUAUGCUCGGUGGGGAACUGACCACUGUACUUCCCUAUACGAGGAGCGUUACAUCAGACCGGAGUUUGUGGUCAGUAUUGAUACUUCUAAUCCUGACAUAAGACGAAUGUUAGAAGAUGGACUUAACAAGGCAGAGAACAUGCUAUAUGAAAAAGCAAGUUUUGCUGUUGAGGUAAGUGCCGUCAGAAUCGAAGCAUUUUUUUUUUUGUUUUCGAACUGAUAAUAUAGGUUUUGGUUAUUCAUUCAAAUUCUGAUAGGUUAAAUCGGCUAAUUCAAAAUUUGGAAGAUGCGAUCAACAUACUACACUCAAUCCACUGCCAUCUUUGUUCUCUCGUCUCUAGGCAAACAUACCAUCGAUCAACCACAAGUAAACUAAACAGCAACGUUCACGACUAUCCGAAGACAUUGUAACAUGAACCGACUAAAUGCAGGAAUACCCAAAUCAUAUUGCUUGAUGGAUGUUAUCUACCUUUUGAGGAGUAUCUGUGAGGAAAAAAAACAUCGUUUAUAUCCUGAAACCAUGCCGAGAAAUAAGCCAAAGGUUUGAAGGAAGUCUACGACAAGAAAAGCUUCCUACGAUUUUGAAUGAACGAUGAAACAACUAUUAAAUUCGAAUUUCUUAUGAUGUGAAGAAUUAUUCCGUUAAUAACAAUCCCCUCUAUCUGCGUAAUUUUUCACAUCAUACUAAGCCUCACCCGACAAUUGUUAAAAAAGUAUAUUAGUAGACUCGAACACAGACUCGUACUGGUCUAAGAAAAGGGGUCCCGGAGAUAGGUAACCUGAUCAUCAACGCAGAUAAAAUUUCCUCGACUACUCCCUACUAAUCUGCUUAUUUUGCAAACAGUUUGACUUCAAUCCCAUGAUUCUCCGCUGGUGGAAGACUCAAGGCAUCAGACGCUAUGAUUCACUGGAAUGUCUUGAAAUGACAGCAGCUGUUGGAGCAAACUUCGUGGUAACUNUGUUGCCCCCCUCGUGCAAAUUUUCUGGAAUUUGCACUGAUUUCUGUCACUUCCAGGAAGUUAUUUGAAGCCCAUGGUUAAGAGGUGAGGGUGGUUAGUCUUGAAGAGCGAGACUGUUAUUUUUACACUAAAAGUAUCAGGGCUUUAAGCAAAUUAAGUUUUGAAAGAUUGCCUGCAAUGUGCUGGACUAAGAUUUCAGGCAACCCGGUUUUCAAAACUCCAGGUAGAUAUAUUUUUAGUAAAAAACUUUAAACUUUCCAAGUUGAUAUCUGGAAAAUGGUUUGGACAGUCAGUAAAUAUCCCGUCUGAAUGACUCAGAAACCCAGGAAAGGGGACUUUGGGGAGUUAAAAUCCAAAAAUUUCCCAGGGGAGCAUGCCCCCAGACCUCUCUAGAAGUAGGAAAUCGGUCAGUAUUUAUUCUAGAUCCCCUCCUGGACUUUUACCUCAACCAAAAAACGUUAAAGCUUUAACCAGUACUUUCAGCAACAAAUGCAAUCGACAAUUAGCAAGCUAUUGCAUUGAGCCCUCCCCUCUCCAAAAAUAUUACCACACGGGGUUGAAACACGUGUUUUUUUUCAAAUUUUAUCGCUUUAUUUCUGUUCAUCAGACUAAAUAAGAGGGGAGAAUAUCUAAGUAUCCGUGACCCUGAAUGGUGGAUUCAGUCGAAUAGUACCCCCUGGAUGAAUCCCUAUGCCCGGUGGGGAACUGAACACUGUACUUCCCUAUACGAGGAGCGUUACAUCAGACCGGAGUUUGUGGUCAGUGUUGAUACUUCUAUUCCUGACAUAAGGCGAAUGUUAGAAGAUGGACUUAACAAGGCAGAGAACAUGCUAUAUGAAAAAGCAAGUUUUGCUGUUGAGGUAAGUGCCGUCAGAAUCGAAGCAUUUUUUUUGUUUUCGAACUGAUAAAUAUCCAAAACCAAUAAGUAAGUUUAAGACUAUCCAAUUUAGCCGAUUAAGUUUUAAACCUUCUACGCUAGUUGUAUGAUGUGAGUUAGGUGACGGUAGAAACAAGACUCGUCUCUAGGCAAACAUACCAUUGAUCAACCCCAAGUAAACUAAAGAGCAACGUUCACGACUAUCCGAAGACAUUGUAACAUGAACCGACUAAAUGCGGGAAUACCCAAAUCAUAUUGCUUGAGGGAUGUUAUCUACCUUUUGAGGAGUAUCUGUAAGGAAAAAAAACAUCGUUUAUAUCCUGAAACCAUGCCGAGAAAUAAGCCAAAGGGUUUGAAGGAAGUCUACGACAAGAAAAGCUUCCUACGAUUUUGAAUGAACGAUGAAACAACCAUUAAAUUCGAAUAUCUUAUGAUGUGAAGAAUAAUUCCGUUAAUAACAAUCCCCUCUAUCUGCGUAAUUUUUCACAUCAUACUAAGCCUCACCCAAUAAUUGUUAAAAAAGUAUAUUUAUUAAUAGACUCGAACACGGACUCGUACCGGUCUAAGAAAAGGGGUCCCGGAGAUAGGUAACCUGAUCAUCAACGCAGAUUAAAUUUCCUCGACUACUCUCUACUAAUCUGCUUAUUUUGCAAAUAGUUUGACUUCAAUCCCAUGAUUCUCCGCUGGUGGAAGACUCAAGGCAUCAGACGCUAUGAUUCAAUGGAAUGUCUUGAAAUGACAGCAGCUGUUGGAGCGAACUUCGUGGUAACUAACUGUUCAGCUGUCAAUCAUUUUUUUGACUGUCACCCUGCUUGGUGUGCCUGCUGGCCUUGUUACCUUUUGAUUGCAGUCCCCUACAAAAUGUGGCGGAACGCCUUUCAAGGAAUUCGUGACAUUUCGAUCACCAUGGAGGGUAACGCAAUCUCCGCGAAUCCAGGUUCUUCAAGCUACAGCUUGGUCGAUCUUCACCGUUCUCCCGUGCGUGACACCCAGCCAGCUGGAGAUGCGCAGGGAAUGGUACCUGGUUUAAUACCUGUGGCUCAUGGGAUUCCUCAGCAUACAUUUUUCCCUCUUCAUUCCUUGCAAGGGUCGCUGGGUAAUCCUCGCUUCAAGUUUAACUAG